GCGCGCAAUCAUUUUCGAAGAACGAUUUGGGCCUCAAGAUGGCAGCUUCCAUUUGGAAAUUCGGCAAACUUGUUUUGCCUAAAGCAAGAAGAUCUCCUCGUCUUUUCAAGUCCUUGGAGUCGAGUUCAGUGCUUCCUCAGUAUGAUCAGCACAGGAACCUCUCUAUCCAUGAAUACAUGGGUUACCAGCUGUUGGAGGAAGCAGGUGUCCCCAUCCCCAAGGCUGAGGUGGCUACUAAUGCACAGAGAGCAUAUGAAAUUGCCAAGAGCUUAGGGUCUGGAGAUGUGGUGGUCAAGGCUCAAGUGUUGGCUGGUGGGAGGGGGAAGGGACACUUCACCAGUGGUUUGAAGGGAGGUGUCAAACUUGCCUUCUCCCCGGAAGAGGUCAAAGAUCUUGCCUCCCAGAUGAUUGGAAACAAGCUGAUCACAAAACAGACGGGUGAAGCAGGCAGGAUCUGCAACUCGGUUCUUGUCUGUGAAAGGAUGUAUGUCAGGAGAGAGUACUACUUUGCAAUCACAAUGGAAAGGGCAUUCAAUGGGCCAGUUUUGGUAGCCAGUUCACAGGGUGGUGUAAACAUAGAGGACGUCGCAGCAGACAAUCCAGAUGCAAUCAUCAAAGAACCUAUCGAUAUUGAAGCAGGUAUCCAGAGAUCACAAGCCGAGAAGGUGGCCAAACUCAUGGGCUUCCCAGAGAAAGCUGUACCACAGGCUGCAGAAACAUUUAUGAACCUGUAUAAUAAUAUCUUCAUAAAGUAUGAUGCUACUAUGCUAGAGAUUAACCCCCUUGUUGAAGACAGUGAUGGAAACGUCCUCUGCAUGGACUCCAAGAUCAACUUCGAUGACAACGCUUCGUACAGACAAAAGAAGAUCCACGAUUUGAGGGAUUGGUCACAAGAAGAUGAGCGAGAAGUGUCGGCAUCGGAGUACAAUCUCAACUACAUAGGCCUUGAUGGAGACAUUGGUUGCUUAGUAAAUGGAGCUGGAUUAGCCAUGUCCACCAUGGAUAUCAUUAAACUCCAUGGAGGCACGCCUGCAAACUUCCUUGAUGUCGGGGGCGGGGCUACGGCAGACCAAGUCAAGCAGGCAUUCAAACUCAUCACAUCGGACAGCAAGGUGCAAGCGAUCAUGGUGAAUAUCUUUGGAGGAAUCAUGCAAUGUGACAUCAUCGCUAAGGGUAUCAUCGCCGCUGCUAAUGAACUCAAUCUUAAAGUACCCAUUGUAGUUAGGUUACAAGGAACCCAGGUUGAGGAAGCCAAAGCAAUUAUUGCAUCAAGCGAUCUCAGGAUAUUGGCUUGCGAUGACCUAGAUGAAGCAGCAAAAAUGGUUGUUAAAUUAUCCACAAUUGUAGGAUUAGCAAAAGACGCCCAUGUAGACGUCAACUUCCAGCUACCACUAUGAGCGGAGGAGAGUCAAAUGCACAAAUUUGAGGGUCUAACCGCCUUUUAUUCAGAGAUAAGAAAAAAUUCUUGUUAUAUUAUUGUCAUUCUUCACUUUAUUUAGUACAGUAUUUAUGUGUGUGUGUUUAUUUCCCCGAAUACAACCACAUUUGGUUUUGUUUUCACAAUGUGUUGAACUGAAAUGGACUUAUCUUUUACCUCACAUACAUACAUGCAUUCAGAACAUGUGGUUUAUUUUUGAGGUACUCUGAUACAACAUUGCACCUCUAAAGAAUGUUGCGAGCGCAUUACAUUCAAAUUAAGACAUUCUAUUUAAUCGUUGAACAGUAAAUUCUGAAAUUCGCUUAUGAUUUGUACUGGGACCAGUUUAACCGAUGUUGUAUUACAUUUAAACAACUUAAUACAAGGUAAAAACAAAAUGUAAUUUGUCUAAAAGGGGGUACCAUUUGUUAAAUGUGCUUAUACUCUUUCCUGAAGAUCUCUCCACACUCUGUCAAUAGGUAAAUAAGGUUAAUUGGUCAGUGGCAGAUAGACGUAAGUCCAGAGUGAUGUCCCACAUAAUCAGAACUAGGAGGACUUACCAUAUUGAGGGAUUUGAAAUACACAACCUCUGGUCAUUCAGGGAGAAACUUGUAUUCAUACAUCAAAGUCUAAACUGCGAUACCAGAGCCUCGUAUGAUGAAGAUUAGUGAUUGAUCAUGAGGCCGACUUAUACGAUUGAUUGCAUUGAUUAAUGUGUAUGAUCAGUCAUAAAUAUCAGCACCAUAAUCGAUAAGGGGGCCGAGAUCGUAACAGUCCAAGAGUUGAAUAAAUUUUUGUGAGCUAUUAGAAGAGAAAGGUGUGUGCUUGUAUAGAUAAAUCAGAAUUAAAUAGUAUGCAGGAUAUAGUGACUUUAGGAUUGGAACACCGGUUUAUAGAUAUAUCAGCAUUAAAUAGUACACACAUAAAGACCUUAUGACUGGUAUGGAAGUUUGAACUAGAUUUUUCAAUUUGUGGUUUUAUAUCCUUUUGCCGGUGAAUCAGCAUGAAAGAACACACUAUAAAACAUUGAUUGAGACAUAUAAAAUAUGAUAAUAUAAAAGACAGAUUACUUUGACGCACAAAUCAGAAUUUUAUUCAGACCAAGAUUCUCAAACAAGAAUAGAGUAGUUUCACAAUGACAUUACAAGGUGAUAUGGGUUUUUAAAGUUAUUAUUUCUGCUAUCUUUUGAGUAAAAUAUAAAUUCAUAUGAAUAUUAUUGCCCUCACAAAUCAAGUGCUUUUGAAGAAUACAUUGACAAAAUAUGUGUAGUAUAUGCCUAUAGGCUGCUUGAAUUAAAAUUAAUAAUAUAUUUUGUAUUCUUAGACCUAAAUGGGUAUUAUUGCUGAAUAUUAUUCAAAUACAAUGUAUUAUGCUCUGAUUUUCAAAAAGUGCACCCUCAUUUAAAAAUAAUCAGACAAUUUGCCAAAUUACCAUAAUCUGAGCGAUGUAAAUACAUAGCAGGAAUAUCAUUCAGUUUUAACUUAAUUUCCUGUUAACUUUUCAUACAGCAGUGCAAAUGAGAGGAAUACUUUAUAGUUCUAUAUAUGUAAUGGUAAAAAGGAUUGUUGUAAUAUGUUGUACGAGUUGUUUCUAUUUUAAUGCACACAAUGUUGUGUGAGCAUACAUGAUAUGCAACUGUUUAUUCAUAGGUGAUAUGAAUUAAAUGAAUUCUAACAUAAAAAUAUCAGAA